AUCUUCAGGUUACCAACCAACAAUUGAUCCUGCUGAUACUAGCUUUCAAUGGCCAAGAUACUUCAAAGAAACAAAUUCAUUUCCUGUUCCUUACGACAGUUUUAGCUCUGAACAAGUAGGAGAAACAACAAGAGAGUUAGAAGAGGGAGUCAUUGAUGCAUUGUCUCUGGGUGGAAGUUUUGGCCUUACAUGUGGUAGGAUGAAAAACAGAGCCAGAGUGUUGGAGUUUAAUACAGUGAUGAAGUGCAAGAAUGCUGAGAAGUUAUUUGAAUUCUUCAGUUCACACAGCAAAUUCUUCUGUUUACUACCAAGUGAAUUUGAUGCAAAAAAGUUACAAUAUCCAAGCCUACUGUCAGUGAUGGACUUCUCGAAACAGAAUGUACAUAUACUAUGUCCAGGAGCAAAGAUGGAAUUGUUGCAUUUUCUUGAUGAUCCUGGAGUUUUAUUGACCAAUUUUGAUGCAAUGCUUGAAGGAAACAAUGCUGCAUUUUUACAGAAGUGCCUCUCUGGACUCUUAAUACAAGAGGAAACACUGCCUACAAAGUGCUCAGUGUUAAUCCCAGGAAUGGAACAUAUCCAAAAUAAAGAUAGAUGUGAAGCUUGGAUGAUUCGGCUGUGUUUUAUGUACAUGUGUAUACUAGAACUACAUGCAAACACUGACCAGACAGCUGUCACCAUGUCCAGGGAAGUCAUGGAUGUGUUUACUUCAACAUUGAAAGAUAAACAGGUGGCUCAUCUAUUCUCAGAGGGAGAUUUAUUCAUCAGAUGUAAAGGUCAUGCUGGGUCAUCUAUGGCAAAUAACAAUUUGCAGGAAUUUCCCGUUGAGCAGUUUGACAAUGUUUACAUGUUUAUGACACGCCUUGACUUUCAGAACAAUAAAAUAAAGUCAUUACCUCCAGAUUUGUUUACAAAGUUUAAGGCUCUGGAAUACCUAAAUCUCUCAAAGAAUAAUUUUACUGAAGUUCCGAAAGGUAUUGGAAACCUUACAGUUCUCACUGAGAUUGACUUGUCUAGUAACAGACUGAAAACACUUCCAUCUGACUUUGAAAAUGUGAGUCAUUCUUUAACAUCAUUGAACAUCUCCAACAACAACAUGGAAGGUCUGCCUGGCUGUAUAUUUAAGCUUGUCAAACUUGAGGAGCUGUAUGCUGAAAAUAUUGGUGUUGUGGAGGGUCUAGAUCAACUUCGAAACCUGAUGGAGCUCAAGGUUUUAAACCUUGGUCUUAAUCUGAUAGAGAAGAUACCAGAAGAGUUGGGUGACCUUCAACUUGAGUACCUUGACUUGAGUGGUGUUCCGUGGGUACCAGCAACAACAUACCAGUCAGUGAUUGCCUUCAUGAAACAGCUACAGUUUAAUAAUGUCACCAUGAAUAUAGAUAUAGCUGAGCAAGCAAAGAUGUUUAAAAAAGCUGAUGUAGAUGAAUCAAGUACCCUGACACCAGAUGAGGUUCAAGUUCUCACUAACGACAGACUGUUCCCGAUGUAUCCAAGAUUUGGAAAGGGAUCAUUUGCCUUUGAGAAAAGUGGCGGUAUCCCGCCAGUUUUGUUCAAUCUUAAGGCAUUGAAGAAGUUAGUUUUACGUUACCAUGGUAUCACAAUGGUUCCUGACGAGAUUAAAGUGUUUACAAACCUCAAUGAGAUAGAUCUAUCCUAUAAUCUAAAGAUGGUCACCUUGUCAGCAGAACUAGCUGCCCUACCUUUGAAACAACUACAUUUGAAAGAAUGUACAGCAUUGAAUACACCUCCGAAGGAAAUAGUUUCACGAGGAUUUCUUGCUGUCAUUGGCUACUUGAAACGUUUGAGACUUGGAGCUGUACAAUGUAAAAGAACUAAAUUAAUGAUGGUUGGAUUAGGGGGAGCAGGCAAGACAAGUUUGGUACAAUCAUUGAUGAGUCAACGUUAUCGUGCCUACAUGGAUCAUGAUGAACCAAUCACAGACGGUAUUGAUAUUAAAACAUGGAAUAUACCUAUCCAGGAAACCUCAGAUCAACUUAUGUUCAGUGUUUGGGACUUUGCUGGUCAGACAGUGUAUUACAACACACACCAGUUUUUUCUGUCUAAUCGAGCAGUGUACCUUCUCCUAUGGAAUGUAAGACAAGGGUAUGAGCAUGCUGGUUUGGAUUUUUGGCUCAGUUCUAUAGCCUGCCAUGCUCCAAAAGCUCCCAUACUUGUUGUAGGAACACAUAUAGACAAGGUGGAGAAGUUUCGUCUGCCAGAAGUGAACCUUAAAGCUAGGUACCCUCAAAUUGUUGGAUUUCAUUAUGUCAGCUCAUACACAGGAAUUGGGGUGGAUGAUCUCAGACAAACCAUCAUAAGCAAUACUUUACAGCAGAAAUACAUGGGUGAAAAAAUUCCUGAAGCUUGGCUUACACUAGAAAAACGUCUGAUUGCUUAUCAUGAGGAGAAAAAAGUAGAUAUUCUACCAUUCAAACAACUAGAAACUAUCAGCGCUACAUGUGGUAUAUUUGACAGAGGGGAGUUGAUUCAAGCGGUACAAUUCCUGCAUGAUUUAGGUGCUGUACAGUUUUUUGAUACAGAUUUUCUACGAGACAUGAUUGUGAUUUAUCCACAGUGGAUAGUGGAUGUAAUGGCAUGUUUAGUUACAGUACAUCAAGGUGCUGUCAAGGAUGGUAAAAUGUUGUUGAAGGACAUAAGUAAAGUAUGGGAGGAUUAUCCUAGUGAGCUACACCCCUGGUUACUACGGUUAACAGAAGAGUUUGACCUGACAUGUUCACUACCUGAUGAAGAAGCCAGUAUUGUACCAUGUCUGCUCCCGGAUGGUGAACCAGAGUAUGAUUGGCCACAUGCAGAUCCUAGGAAGAAUAUCCGAGAAUCAAUGACUGUAUACAAGUUCCAGUACCUACCAGCUGGUCUCUUUAAUCGAGCACAGGUUCGACUUCAUCAAUACUCUAAAGGGGCGUUACUCUGGAAGACCGGAUCAUUUAUGAAGAAAAACAAUCAUAUUGCUCUCAUGAUACAAAAUGAUGAACAGGAAGUGAUAGUGAGAGCUCAAGGGUUCAGACCAGAGAACUUCCUGUUUAUUGUACAUGAGAUGAUUGAGACUUUGAUCCGGGAGUCAUACUCUGGUGUACAUUAUGACUUCUUCAUCCCCUGUAUGGACUGUCAGAGCAGGAAUGUUAAGGAUCCAAGUAUGAUGUCGUAUCAGAAGGUCAAAAGAGCUCUAGAACUUAAUGUUCCAUUCCUACAGUGUGAGAAAUUCUUCCAUAUGCUGUCAUUACAGGAGAUUAAAGAUGCUAUGCCAUCAGAUAAGAUGGAUGAGGUAGACAGUCAUCUACGUAACAGUGUUCGUGAACUCAUUGACCUCACAACGGAGAAAACGGUCUCUGUCUUCUUUGUUUACUCUACUAAAGACGUACCAGACUUGAAGGAUGCAGAGAAAUGUGUUCAUCCUGGAACUAUAUUAGCAGAUAUGAGGUCUCAAGAUGACCUCAAAGUGUCAUACACAGAUCAGCCUGAGUCAUCAGACAUGGAAGCUCUGACAUUGUCAAUCAAAGCUAAUGAUGUAAUUGUGUUUGGUCUGUCUGAUAACUUUGCUAACGAUGAUGUAUGUAAGAAAUUACUGCUCUACACAAAAGAUGUACUUCAAAGACCAAUAUUGCUACUACUGCUUGGUCAGACAAAGAACUGGCAGAAAGGAGAUCUAAAUAUGCCACUUGGUGAUGAGGUAUUUGUGGAUAUGACAAAGAUAGACAGAUAUCAGCACAAGAUUAAGGAAUUAUUUGUGGCUAUCAAAAAGAAAGAUGAGAGUAAGAAAAAGGUAAAAUAAUUUUUUAAAUGUUUUAUAU